CCGGGCCGUGCCGCGCGGAGUCACUUGGACUUUUCCGCCCAGGGGCUCUCAUUCUGGAGUGGCGGCCGUGCUCUUUGUUGAGGCUGCGUCUGAAACGGCAGCGGUUGUUUUCCUGCUAGACACAACACGAGGGGCUGUUGUGGGGCGAGCCGCUCCACGCUGCUGGCACGUUGUCAAGAAACACGCUCAGCGCCUUGUUUGUGCGCCUGCAAGUUUCAUUGUCUCCGCCGACACCCCACGCUCGGCCCAGCCGCCGCGUGGCUUCUCGCUCUUUCUCGCGUGCUGGGGAUAUGGGGUCCGAGUAGGGAGGGACCCAGCACCUCGUUUUUCCCGAUCCGGACCCGAGGCGGCCGGGGCCGCGGGACCGCCGCGCCUUUGUCUGAAAGUUCCACUCCUAGGCUCCCCCCGCCCCCGCCGCCCCCGCCGCCCCCCUACUCCCAGCCGGGCCCUAGCACUGUUUUUUAGGGAUGUGGUGUUUUUACGAUCGAAGGAAUGCGAUUCUGGACCCCCUCAUCGCCCUCGGGUGUAAACAGCUUUGGAAAGCCAGACUUUUACAAAUUCCCAGUCUCUCAAAGUUUUCCCACGAUGAAUUUUGGGGCAGGAGGAAGAGUUAGGACCCAGGGCCAGCAACUUCAAGCGACAUGCAGUCAAAAUGCGUCCAAAUGUGACAAGCAGGGUUGGUUGUAAGUGCAAAGAGCAAGGCUGUCAUUGUUUCCACGAAGCGUUCUGGAAGCUUUACAACUAAAACUUGCCGUCAGUUUGGUUUAAAAACAAAAUACACCGGAGGGGGACGGGCGGUGUAGAAACCACACACAACACCCUGAAAGGUCAAAGAAUGUGAAGUCCCUUUUGAAGUUAACUUUUGAGUCCCUGGCUGGGAGGUCCCCCGAGUGUUCCACCGUGGGCUGGAGAUGGCGUUUCUGUUGUGAUUUAUGUGGAGUGGUUCAAAACAGAAGUUAAUCACUCGGGAAGCGGACGGGGCGGCGCUACUGCGCAUGCCCGGGAGCCGCCUGGAGUUUGGAACUCCACAUUCUUUCAGACCCGGCCCGCUGGGGGGCGUUCCUAGGGGGUAGCCGCAAGGCCAGCGGCGUUCCUUCGGCUGCGUUUCUGUGGAAGGCCCUGAAACGCGCGGAGCUUCCCUCUGCCGCCAGGCUUUCCCAGCGAGAGUGAAAUUAAACGUGAAAAUCGGGUCAACUGGUAGUCGUUGUUGGUAGAACGCCCUAAGGACCCCUCCCCGCGGGACGGAGGGAGGACUCGGGACAGGGAAUUGGCUCUGGGAGAAAACGCGCGGGGAGCGUCCGAGACGCCCCGUGAAAGCCGUGCCGACCCUUGGGAGGGCUGACAGGUCUAGAGAGACUCGCUGUCUGUUGUGGUGGGCCUCCCCGGAAUAAGUGAGGGGCUCUGUGUUUCGAGGCUGGUUCUAGCGCAGAGCCGGGAGUCCGCCGGGGUGGGCUCCCCGCAUUGUUCGGGCUGUGGCGGGGGCGGCUCUGAUUACUUUCCAUGACCCGCCCCCCAACCCGGGAAUCCCCAGUGCUCCUUUUCCACGGCUUUUCUGGCGUCCCCCCGACUCUCCCGCGGCACUUUGGUCUACCUUCCCCCAGCGCCUUGGUCCUCCCUGGCGACCCCCUCUGCACUCCCAGGGUCCUCCUGCCUCCCCACCCCCGCCACCACCGGCGCGCCGCCCACAGCCGCGUGCCCUCUCCCCGGAGCUGGGGACCAAGGCUGGGCCCCGCCGGCCGCAUCGGUGGGAACUUCCGCGGUCCCCAUCCCAGGGCGCACAGGGUCUAGCUCCUCGGCGCCGACUCAUGGAAACAAUGAGAGGUAUUGUUGCAGCAUCUGGCAGUGAGACUGAGGAUGAGGACAGCAUGGACAUUCCCUUGGACCUUUCUUCAUCUGCUGGCUCAGGCAAGAGAAGGAGAAGGGGCAACCUACCCAAGGAGUCUGUGCAGAUUCUUCGGGAUUGGCUGUAUGAGCACCGUUACAAUGCCUAUCCUUCGGAGCAAGAAAAAGCAUUGCUGUCCCAGCAAACACACCUGUCUACACUACAGGUCUGUAACUGGUUCAUCAACGCCCGCCGCAGGCUCCUCCCUGACAUGCUGAGAAAGGAUGGCAAAGAUCCAAAUCAGUUCACAAUUUCCCGCCGUGGGGCCAAGAUUUCUGAAACGAGCUCUGUGGAGUCCAUGAUGGGCAUCAAAAACUUCAUGCCAGCUCUAGAGGAGACUCCAUUUCAUUCCUGUACAGCUGGGCCAAACCCAACCCUAGGGAGGCCACUGUCUCCUAAGCCGUCAUCCCCGGGAUCAGUUUUGGCUCGUCCAUCAGUGAUCUGCCAUACCACUGUGACUGCAUUAAAAGAUGUCCCUUUCUCUCUUUGUCAGUCGGUUGGUGUGGGACAAAACACAGAUAUACAGCAGAUAGCGGCCAACAACUUUACAGACACCUCUCUCAUGUACCCAGAGGACACGUGUAAAUCUGGACCAAGUACAAACACACAGAGUGGUCUUUUCAAUACUCCUCCCCCUACUCCACCGGACCUCAACCAGGACUUUAGUGGAUUUCAGCUUCUAGUGGAUGUUGCACUCAAACGGGCUGCAGAGAUGGAGCUUCAGGCAAAACUUACAGCUUAACCCAUUUUCAAGCAAAACAGUUCUCAGAAAUGUCAUGAUUGCCGGGGUGAAGGCAAGAGAUGAAUUGCAUUAUUUUAUAUAUUUUUUAUUAAUAUUUGCACAUGGGAUUGCUAAAACAGCUUCCUGUUACUGAGAUGUCUUCAAUGGAAUACAGUCAUUCCAAGAACUAUAAACUCAAAGCUACUGUAGAAACAAAGGGUUUUCUUUUUUAAAUGUUUCUUGGUAGAUUAUUCAUAAUGUGAGAUGGUUCCCAAUAUCAUGUGAUUUUUUUUUUCCUCCCCUUCCCCUUUUUUGUUAUUUUUUCAGACUGUGCAAUACUUAGAGAACCUAUAGCAUCUUCUCAUUCCCAUGUGGAACAGGAUGCCCACAUACUGUCUAAUUAAUAAAUUUUCAAUUUUUUUUCAAACAAGUAUAAAUCUAGUUGAUUGAUGCCUUUUUUUCAUGACAUAAUAAAGUAUUUUCUUUAAAAA